UGGACAACAGAUCCUGGUGUUAAGGGAUGGAUGUUUCGAUUUAAUUUGAGCCACUUUCCCUGAAGGCGGGGCAGGGAGACAGAGUUGUUGACCUUCACAAGGAAAAGAGGGAAAGACCCAAUAGGCAGCCUGCUUAGCAGAGGAGAACAGGGGAAGUACGGAGGAAAGAGGGGGAAAAGAAACAGAGUGAGAGAGAAGGAGAAAGCAAGGUGGGAGAGCAGAACUCUGUGAGUGUGAAGUGACAGCAAGAGGAUUCAUCAAACAAGGGCAAGAAUCAGCAACAGGUUUCCUUUCUCUCACGGCCUGAGCCCUGCUGCCUGCUCUCCAUGACCAUGCGGCUGACACCCAGCCUGGCACUUUCAGCCAAACAUCUGAUUGUGAUCAUCCAUCAGACUCGCUGCACUGCUCCUUGUUUUGUGCCUGUUUGACCAUGAAAGCUGGGCUUGCAUACUGCUCUCUUCUUGUCCUUCUUCUGAUGACGGAUGUCUGUGGCCAGCGAAGACCAAAACCAAAGCCUGUCCGUCCGCCUACCACUAGGAAACCUCCUGCUCCCAAGAAACCGUCUUCUCCUGCCCCAAAGUCUGAGCCCGAGCCCCAGGAACCCACAGACUUUCCCCCUCCGAUCCUAGGCCCUCCCUCUGAAUUCCCAGACUGCCCCAGAGAGUGUUUCUGCCCACCAUCUUACCCAAAUGCUCUGUACUGUGAAAACCGCAACAUCCGGAAGGUCCCGGUCAUCCCGUUCCGUACCCACUACCUGUACCUACAGAAUAACUACAUUGACCAAGUAACCGCAGACUCUUUCAAAAACUGCACUGAGCUUAAGUGGAUAAAUCUGGGAAACAACCGUAUCCGUUCAGUGGAGAAACAAGUCUUUGAGAAGCUGCCAAACCUCCUUUACCUUUAUAUGCAGAGGAACGAGCUAAAGGAGGUGCCUGAUGACUUGCCGGCUGGUCUGGAGCAGCUUAGACUCAGCCGCAACCAAAUAUCAAAGGUCCCACCUGGAGCGUUCAGCAAGAUGGAACAUCUCGCACUUCUGGAUCUGCAUCACAACAGGAUCAGUGACAGCAGCUUGGGCAAGAACAACUUCAAAGAUCUGAAGAACUUGAUUCAGCUCAACCUGGCCCACAACAUCCUCAGGAAGAUGCCUGCGAAUAUACCAAAGGGCCUCUUCCAACUGUUCUUGGACAGAAAUAACAUUGAGGAGAUUCCACAGGGCUACUUCAAGGAUUUCACAAACCUGGCCUUUGUGAGACUUAACUACAACCAGCUUAAUGACAAAGGUCUUCCAAAGUUGGUGUUCAACGUGAGCUCACUGUUGGAUUUGCAUUUGUCCCAUAACAUGCUGAGCACUAUUCCCCUGUUCAACCACGAGCUGGAGCAACUUCAUCUUAACAACAACAGCAUUGAGAGUGUUAACGGCACUGAGAUCUGUCCCUCUAACUCUCUCAACAUGCAUGAUGAGAACGGAGCACCCAAACUGAGAUACCUGCGUCUGGACGGCAAUCACUUGAGUCCUCCCGUCCCCUCAGAUGUCAUCAUGUGCUUCAGACACCUUCAUGCUAUAGUAAUAUAAGAUGGUUUGAGUGAUGAACAGAUUGAUGCAUGCCUGUGCACAGCCAGGCCUUCCUGUCUACUUGACAGUACUGAUUGAAUCAAACAGUACUGGAGAAAACAAGUAAAGAAUGCAUUUUUAAACAAUGCAUUUUUUCCCUUUAUUUUCAGGAAUGUUUCAUUGUGUAACCUAAAAACCUUCAAUGCAUCAUAUUUAUUGAAUUUCCUGCCUUGAAUACAACUGAGCAUGAGUAUUCUGCAUUAAACGUUUCUAUGUGAUUAUACAGAACAGAAGCAGCAGCGAUGGCUGAGUGGAAUUAAUUAAACCCUAAAAAUAAAGGUACAUUAACGGACGUACUGUGCAACAGACAACAAGCGUAGUUACAAUUAAGGAGUAUAGGGGUAGACUAAGAUACGAUGAAGCAAAAUGAUAAAUGAGGGAAUAAUGUAACUACUGUGUAGUUGAAAAUGCCCUUAAUGUGCCUGUGUUUUUAAUUUAAUGUGUAUAGUCCUGCCUUUAUCUUGUGUCAGUAUUUCUAUAUAAAUAA